GGGCAGUCCCGGAGCCCGCAGCCCAGAGAAGGGCAGGUCCCGACGGGGCAGACGGCGGCGAGCAGAGGGAUGGUUCCCAUCGUUGUCGAGGUGACCUGCAGCCUCGUUGUCUGGCUGUUCCUGUACGCCUGUUGCUGCUGCUGUAACAAACAUCGUUCCUACGAGUGGAGCUGUCGCUUGGUCACCCUCCUGCACGGGGUGAUCGUCACCUGCCUCUCAGGUUACGUUGCUUUCUUGGAUGGCCCCUGGCCUCUGACCCAUGCAGGUUCAGCAAACACAUCUCUUCAGAUCCAUGUGCUCUCCCUGACCUUGGGUUACUUUAUCUUUGACCUGGGCUGGUGCCUGUAUUUCAAGACAGAAGGGGACCUAAUGCUGUUCCAUCACACGCUGAGCAUCUGUGGCAUGAUCAUGGUGCUGGGGCUUGGGAAGUCAGCUACAGAGGUCAAUGCUGUUGUAUUUGUCAGUGAAAUCACCAACCCCCUGCUCCAGGCUCGCUGGUUUCUGCGGGAAGUGGGGUGUUACCAGAGUGUCCUGGGAGAGGUGGUGGAUUUCUUCUUUGUGUUCCUCUUCCUGGUGCUGAGAAUCGGGGGAGGAGCCUUCAUCAUGUAUGCAAUGGUGACAUCCCCUGAACCCAUCUGGCUCCUCAAGGCUGGAGGCUUGGCCAUGUAUGUUGUGUCUUUGGGGUUCAUGGUGGAAAUCUGCCGCUUUGCCAGGAGGAAAAUGUUGAAAAAAUAUCGUUCCUGGACAGGACUGAGGAGGAUGAAUGCACCUGUGAAAACUAAUGGGAACUUGACAGCUCACUGAUGGGUUGUGGAGGACAAUCCCUUGGGCUAGGGUCCUGGCUGCUGAAGCCUGUUCCUGUGAAAAGAACUCCUCAAACCGGUCUGGAAGAUGUUGACUUGCUGGCCCCAGAGGAGAUGCAGCAGCACAAGGAACACAGGAAAACUGACAGAAGAGGGAUGUGAGUGGAAAUCUAAGGAACCUAGCAUGUCUACUGAACUCUGAUUCCCAGACGUAGCCAGCAGUCUCAAGGAGGCUGACAGAUGUCAAACCAGUUCAGUUUGCAAGCAGUAAUUGCACUAUCUCUGUGUUCCAUAAGCAUUUGGGAGGCAGACUUGUUUUACAGUGGAGAGCCAGAAAAUCAAAUCUGAAAAACUCUAUUUCCUGCCAGUGGGACUGGGGAGGGGUGUGACAUAGCAAAGAUUUGCUGAGCCUCCCUUAAUCCUGGAGUUGGACAACAUGCUUGACUCAGUACUUGGAUGAAAGCCUCUGAACAAGAUUCAGGUGCUUGCAAAGGGUAUGGUGGAGUUCUCUUUCGAGAGUGUGAAGUGCUGGUAC